AUGUCGUCUCUGAGUAAUUUAAAAGAACAAUUAGAAAAAAAGAGGAAAGAAGCACAAUUAAAGAAUAGUAAUAACAACAACAACAACAACAAUAACAAUAGUAAUAGUAAUAAUGGUUGUGAUAAAAGUGAAGAACCAGCAACAAAAAAAUAUAAAACUAGAGGAGAAAUUGAUAAAGAAUUAAAACAAAAAAAAGAAGAAGAAAGAAUAAAAAAAGAAAAAGAAAAAGAAAAAGAAAAAGAAAAAGAAAAAGAAAAUUAUAAUAAUAAUAACAAUUCAAAUGUAAAUAGUAAUAAAAAUGAAAAUAAUAUAAAUAUAGACAAUGAUAAUGAUAGUAAUGAUAAAAUAAAUAAAUUAAAAGAAAAUGAAGGAUUUUUACCAGAUAUAGUUGUAAUUCAAAGAUUAAGAGAAAGAAGUCAACCAAUUACUUAUUUUGGAGAAACAUCAAUUGAUAGGGCAAUGAGAUUAAAGAAAUUAGAAGAGAAUGAUCCGAUAGAGUAUACACAAGGUGAUAAUGAAUUUGCAAAUAUUUUAAAACAAAUUGAACAAAGGAAAAUGAAAAAACAUCAAGACAGUGCCGAUAAUGAGAAAGAAAAAGAAGAAAAUGAAAAUAAUGAUAAAAAAAAACAGCAACAGCAACAAGAGAAUGAAGAAAGUGAGGAGCAGGAGUUGGAGAGAUUGAGAAUUGAUUCUAGUAAAUGCAAAGAAUCUAAAAUUUUAUACUUUUUAAAGGGUUUGUUAAAUGAUUGGAUUACAAAUUUAGAGAAUCGAUCAGACGAUGAAAAGAAAUCGAGACAGGGUAAAAUCGCCGAAGCGACCUAUUACCAAUGUAAAUCGCAUAUUCAGCCACUAUUUACAUCGUUGCGAGAGAAAACCCUAUCCAUUGAUAUAUUGGAGCAUAUUAAUGAGAUUGUUGAGUUUUGUAAAUCGCGUGAAUACGUUCGUGCAAAUGAUGAGUAUCUUCAAAUGGCAAUUGGUAAUGCACCUUGGCCAAUGGGUGUCACUAUGGUUGGUAUUCAUGAACGUUCAAGUAGAGAGAAAAUCUUUUCGAAUCAAGUAGCUCAUGUACUAAAUGAUGAAAUGCAAAGAAAAUACAUUCAAGCUGUCAAACGUUUAAUGACAUUUUGUCAAACUCAAUACCCAACUGCUCCAAGUAGAAGUAUUGGUUAA